AUGGCCACCCCGCCACAGGCCCCUCCAAGCGAGGCCCCCGCCGUGCCCACGACGACGACGACCACCAAGACGACGACCAGCAAACCCAUCCAUAGCCUGGUGCUCGACACAGGUCCCUUGAUCAAGAACGAUCCGACUGUGAGUGCGCUGCUCGCGCAGGCCGAACAACUAUACAUCCUGCCGUCCGUGGUACCCGAGAUCCGCGACGCCGCGACACGGACCCGCGUGGAGACGCAGCUGCUACCAUUUGUGACGGUGCGGGCGCCGCAUCCCAGGAGCUUGGGCAUUAUCCGCGAGUUUGCGCGUAAGACGGGUGACCUUGGAGUCCUGAGUAAGCCGGAUAUCGAGGUCCUGGCACUCGGGUACGAGUUGGAGUGCGAGCGCAAUGGCGGCGACUGGCGGUUGCGAAGCUCGCCAAACCAAAAGCAGGUCAAUGGAAAGCCUCCCCAGAGAACGUCGGAGGCUGUCGAGACUUCAGCAGUGGGUUCUGCUGUAGAGAAGACAGAGGGUGCGGUUUACCCGGCCACGGAGGCUCCAGUCGAAGCUUUGGAGAAGCUCAAUCUUGCCCAUGCCGCAGAGACAGAAGAAGAUGCUGCAAACACGGACGUCUCCCCGAAGGUUGAUGCUAAGGACCAUGCCGAAGAGACCACACCUGCUAAAGAGGAAGUCGCCGCCGAGAACGUCGUGAUAGAGGAAGACGAGGAUAAGGACGACGGGGAGGCGUCCGACGACGACGGCGGCUGGAUCACGCCGUCCAAUGUCAAGAAGCACAAAGGCCAGGACAACGGCUCAACCCCGUCUAAGAGCCCGCAGCGCACUCUGCAGGCCGCCGUGCUCACCUCCGACUUUGCCAUGCAAAACGUUGCCCUCCGGAUGAACCUCAACCUCGUCACGCCGACCUUUGCCCGCAUCACGCAGCUCAAGACGUGGGUGCUACGCUGCCACGGCUGCUUCAAGGUGACCAAGGACAUGGAGCGGCAGUUUUGCCCGAGCUGCGGCCAGCCGACGCUCAUUCGCACCAGCUGCUCCACCGACGAGCAGGGCAACUUUCGGCUACACAUGAAGAAGGGCUUCCAGUGGAACAACCGUGGCAACGUCUACAGCGUGCCCAAACCGGUGCACGGCUCGCCCCACGGGCGUCUGGCCAAGCACGCGGGCGGGCAGAACAAUUGGGGCGCGGGCUUGCUGCUCGCGGAAGAUCAGAAGGAGUAUGUCAAGGCGGCGGAUGCGCAGAAGAGGCAGAAGAAGAAGGAUCUGAUGGAUGAUGAGUUUCUGCCGGGCAUCCUGACGGGAGAUCGCUCGGGGGGUGGUAAGAUACGCGUUGGGGCUGGCAGAGCUAUCAACUCUCGCCGUCGAAGAUGA